AUGGCAGAUAACGGUGAGGGCUCGUCAUUGAUCCCGCCCCGAGCAGUGCCAAUUUCCACCUCGUCGGUUCGAUCUUCGUCUCCUGCCCCGGAAAGCAGACAGGCAUCGAUCGCUCGUUUGGCCUCGCCAGUGCCUUCUGCAUCCCUAGGGACCUCUCUCUCGUCGCGACAAGGUCUACCCACUGGCCGACCCAUUAGCACCGCCGCCUCAAAUGCCGACCAGAACUUCAGGGCCGUCGACAAUAUGGCUUCCCUGCCAGGGCCUGGCCAGUCGAUGAUCGCCUCCCAAUUGCAAGAAAGUCUCGGUCGCUCGCCCCCGAGGUUUGGCACUGCUUCACGAAUUGCGGGGUCUCCUUCGAUCCCGCCGACGCUCGACAGUCGGCCCGUCGCCUCCCAGUACGGCUCCUUCGACACCCCCAACAAUAACAACUAUGGCCCGGAUGGAAAUGGAGCAGGUGCAUAUGAGGAUCCAGAAGUCGUAAGGAGACAUCUGGUCCUCCCGCAAAAUGUCUCGGAGAAUCGAGACACCGGCUCGGAGCUCGGAACUAGUCAUGGCGAUGAGGAAUUCUCCAGUCUGCAACUGCAGGGUGGUGAUAUCACUCGUCAGGUCUACCGCUGGGCAGAGGAUGCGGACAGCGGGCGGUUUGCUCGCAGCAAGAGUUUCAGCAUCAGCCGACCCGCCCCCGAGGCCGAGACCGAAGAUAUCCAUACAAUCCAGGUGCCAGGUGGGUUCCGGAGAGACUUUCUGCGGAGAACUGCGGGGAGCCCGCACCGUGGAAGUGUGCAUGGGUCAAACGCCGGCGCUGCACCUGCACAGCCUCAGCUUCCAACCUCGAGUUUCUUGGAGUUUUUGACGCUUUACGGCCACUUUGCUGGCGAGGAGCUGGAAGAAGAUGACGAGGUUUUGGGACCUGAUGAGUACUUUUCAUCUGACGCCUGGGAUGAACAUGAUGAAGCCAGAGAGUCGGGUGAGGAUGCGGCGCUACUUCGAGGAGAUGGUGCUGGUCGCAAAAAGCGCAAGCACAAGCAGCGUGCUCCCCCAGGAAAUACUACCACCACUGGUGCCGUCAUGCUACUGCUCAAGUCAUUCGUGGGAACGGGAAUCCUGUUCCUUCCCCGCGCAUUCUUGAACGGUGGAAUGCUGUUCAGUAGCCUGGUCCUUCUGGGUGUUUCGAUUCUGAGCUACUACGCCUUCAUCCUGCUGGUCAAUACCCGCAUGAGAAUUGAGGGUUCUUUUGGUGACAUUGGCGGGAUCUUGUAUGGAAAGCACAUGAGACGCAUCAUUCUUGGGUCUAUUGUGCUGAGUCAGUUGGGUUUCGUGUCUGCAUACAUUGUCUUCGUGUCACAGAACCUCCAGGCAUUCGUGCUCGCCGUGAGCAAGUGCAAGAGCUUUAUCGACAUCAAGUACCUGGUGCUACUGCAGCUAGUCAUCUUUCUGCCGCUCUCCCUGAUUCGUGAUAUCGGCAAACUUGGCUUUACUGCACUCAUCGCGGACGCCUUCAUUCUCCUAGGAUUGUUGUACAUCUACUAUUACGAUGCUCGUACCUUGAUUGGCAAUGGUGGUAUUUCAGAUAUCAAGGCCUUCAACCCGUCGACAUGGUCGAUGUUUAUCGGCACAGCCAUCUUCACCUACGAGGGUGUCGGUUUGAUCAUCCCCAUCCAGGAGUCCAUGAAGCAGCCGCGACGCUUCCCCGGUGUUCUGGCCGGUGUCAUGGUCGUUAUCACCUUGAUCUUCCUGUCCGCAGGUGCUCUGAGCUAUGCAGCCUACGGAUCUGCCACCAAGACCGUCAUCCUGCUCAACUUGCCCCAGGAUGAUAAGUUUGUCAAUGUGGUCCAGCUCCUCUACUCGAUCGCCAUUCUGCUCAGCACACCGCUCCAACUUUUCCCCGCCAUCCGUAUCUUGGAGAACGAGUUGUUCACUCGCAGUGGCAAGUACAACCCUUACAUCAAGUGGAAGAAGAACGCCUUCCGUUUCUUCUUGGUGUGUGUCUGUGCCUUUGUCGCCUGGGGCGGUGCCGCCGAUCUGGACAAAUUUGUCGCCCUGGUCGGCAGCUUCGCCUGUGUUCCGCUGAUCUACGUGUACCCGCCCCUCCUGCAUCUCCGGGCAUGCGCCCAAUCAAGACGCCAGGCGAUCGCCGACAUCACUCUCGCCGUUCUUGGAGUAAUUUGUUGCAUUUACACCACUGGGCUCACUCUCCAAAAUUGGGUUGGCGCCGAUGUCCCUGAAAGCCCUGGAUACUGCGAUUCGCAAUAA